UAACGCCGCCGAUUGCCGUCGUGACGCUCAUCUUGGCCACAGUCGCCCGUUUCCUGCCAUCGGGUCCCUUUGGCGCAUUCCGUGAAUUCGCUCUAUAAUGUUUGCUCUGAUAAUUGGUGGAUGGAUGUCCUCUACGUCAAUAAUUUCCUCGCCUUCAACGCAACCACGGAUAUGUUAACGGAUUGCCUCGGCCAGUGCUGGUACACCGCCGUGGACACCCAGCUUUACCUUGUGGCUCCCCUCGUGCUGCUGCCUCUCGCCCUCUAUCCCUCCAAAGGGAAGAUUCUGCUGUUUGUGGUAACUCUGGUGUCCUUCAUAGUCCCAGCAGCUGUUAUCUACGCCUACGACCUUCCUCCGGGGUCGAUCUGGGGCGGUGCCGAAAACGUCGAUAGCACAACCUAUCAGAUGCAGGUGUACUACACGCCCUGGUGCCGCAUGAGCGCCUACAUCGUGGGCAUCUGGACUGGCUACAUCAUCUUCAGUCAGGGAUCAAAGAAACUCGACUUGUCACCUUUGCAGGUGUUGACAGGCUGGACGGUGGCCACGUUCUCGGCUCUGGCGGUGUUGCUCGGCGCGUGGAGUUACAACCAGAUAGCAGCCGCCUAUUACUAUGACCCGAUAACCCAGGUCCUGUACGGCGGCCUCCACAGGGGCGUGUGGUGCGCCGCCCUGGCCUGGGUCGUGGUGGCUUGUCACUUUGGUUAUGGAGGAGUGGUGAAUUCCUUUCUCUCCCAUCCUUCGUGGCAGCCUCUUUCCCGUCUCACAUACUGCAUGUUCCUUGUCGCACUUCCCACUCAGAUCAUUCUGAUUUUCAACAUCAAGGACCUUGUCUAUUUCACCCACUUAAAUAAGAUUAUCCAGACCUGUGGCACCGUCUUUAUUUCGAUUAUCCUGGCGGUGUUGCUCUCGCUCACGGCAGAGGUUUCUAUCUUGGGUCUCGAGAAAAUGAUAUUUAAACGACCAGGUCGAGGGGAUAACAACCCAAAAGCUGUAACUACUCCGGAUGAAAAGCAAGGUCAGGAUAACCUCGCUUUCGCAGGAGAAAUGGGCGAGGGAAGCGACCCCAUUCCGAAAGGAGGUGGAUUCGAGACGGAGGUGCGGCAAAAUGGGGACAUCGAGUCAUAUCAGGCGCCAUACACGGAGAAAAAACAAACGACUGUUCUUUAGCUUUUGUUAAAGAGAAAGAGAAUGUUAUUAAUCAGUACGAUACUUUCUGCUCAGUUUAUUUUGUACGUAAUAUAUAUCCACUAACGCUUUAGCUCCUGUGAUAAGUAUACACAACUGGACACGUGAUAGUGUUUCAACAGGCGUGACAGAGUUUCUUUAUAAGCCGAAAAAAAUUUAAAUUGAUAAGAUUUUUUUGUACUCUUACCUAGAAUAUGACAUUUCAGUA